CAACAUGGACUUCUCAAACUCCCAGUUGCUCCUGUGUUCCUCCAGACCAGCCGCUCCUCUGAGCCUGUAGCGCGGCUGUGUUCCUCCAGACCAGCCGCUCCUCGGAUGGACGGGGAGUUUAUGGACUUGUAAUUGUAUUUGCUUGUUAGCGGUGUGGCGGGAGGUUUAGCGGGCCGCUGUGGAGGGACGGUGAGUGGGAGAACUCUAGUGAGCUGCUGAAAUGUUUGGGCUGUCCAUCUGCCUGCUGGCCUGUGUGACUCUGUGGGCAUGUGAGGCUGCAGGACUCGAUCUCUGUGAGGACCACCGCGUGGCUUUUGAGCGGGUAUUCACAGUUCCACAAGAGGCAGCACUGCUGACCUGCCAUUUGGUGGAUAAACAUCUCUUUGAUGUUGUGAACACUACCUAUAAUGUCACAUGGUACGAUCUGAGAACUGGCCUUCAGAUCACUGGUGAAGAAGAUCAUACUGUAGUGAAGGGGGCUUCACUCUGGUUCCUGAACAGCACUGUGGAACACCAGGGAAAGUACCUGUGUGUUGUCAGAACUCCUGAGAGCUGCUACAAACAGGCCGUGGUUCUGCAAGUGAGCCAGCCCAACCCCCGAGAGUGUGGCCGCCCGCAGAUGGCACCACAGUUACUGAAAUCAUCAGUGAACGAUAAUCUGACCUGCCCUUUAAAUGACUACGCUGCCAGAGUGACCAGCUACUCCAUCCAGUGGUACAAGGGUUGUGAGCUGCUGCAGGAAGGCCCUAAGUUUGCUUUCAUUGGUAAUAAACUCAUACUGCUCAUCCGUGACGUGUCGCACACAGACGCUGGGCUCUACACCUGCAGGAUGACCUUUGUCCUCGGUGGGGUCAUCAGUGAAGCUGCAGAGACGAUCGAGUGUAUGAUCAGUGAGGCAUUUGUGAUUGAGCCGACUAAUGAGGACAUUAAAGUAACGCCUGGUCCAGUCUGAGAGCAGCAGACAGCAGUACAAACAGAAAAAAUCAGAGGGAGAAUCCUGAGACCCUGUUCAGAGACUGCAGUGUAAUUAAAGCCAGGAGCACCACCACCAACCUGCUGUUCUUUACAGAAGCAGCACAGCCCGGCACAGCUAUAUGUACACACUUCCCCCACACCACAAAACCGGGGAUCUGCAAAGGUUGAGGACAUCAAGACCAGCACUACGACCUCAUCCAACCAGACCAGAUUACAACAUGUUACCACCUGACCUGGCUCAGCACCAACCACACCAGCAACACCCUGAACCCACACCCCGAGCAGCCCCUCUCAGCCAGGACAGCAUCCCACACCCCCAGCGCAGCUACGCAGAGGUCCUUCAGACUCCGCAGCGCUCCACACAGAUGGGUGAAAUAAAAACAUUACUGCAAUACAUCUGUACAAAACUCACAUAAUAUGCAAAAAUUCAUAUGUGUGUGAAUGCAAGGCAUGUAUUAUAUAUUUACAAAUUAUAAAUGAUCUUAUUACAUCUAGUAAUACUUACCUGUUCAUUGUAUACAUAAAAACAUAUUACUUGUUGUUUGUUUUUCAUGUUUCUCAUUGUAAACAAACACUUACCACUCUUUAGACAUGACUUCAAUCUCAAUCAGCAUGUGGAACAUCCAAGGUUUAAAUUCAUCAUUAUUUGGAUUAAAAGUUUGAACAAAGAUUUUCAAAAUAAGAUCAAAGACAUUGACAUUCUCAUAUUACAAGAGACAUGGUGUAGAACUGAUAUGGCCGCUCACUGUCCCCAGGGGUACAGAGAAAUUAUAAUACCAUCACAAAAGCUGAACUCAGUGCGUCAGGGCAGAGACUCAGGGGGAAUAAUCAUAUGGUACAGAGAAAUACUACACAACUUUUUAGAUACAGUCAAAAUUGGAAAAUAUUAUAUCUGGUUUAAAAUAAAAAAGACAUUGGUGUCAGGUAAGAAAGACAUAUUUCUCUGUAUCAUAUAUAUUCAUCCAACAGAAUCUCCAUACUACUCUGGAGAAAUGUUUCCAGAGCUAGAACAAGAGGUAAGCCAUUUCCAGGCCCAGGGAAAUGUGCUCGUCUGCGGAGACCUAAAUGCAAAAACUGGAACACAACCUGAUUCUAUAAAUACAAUUGACAACAAAUAUAUUCUUCAUGUACUAAUAACAAUAUUCCUUACACCCACAGAAACAACCAGGAUCAUGUGGUCAACAAAAGUGGUAGGAACCUCCUGCAGCUCUGUCAGAGUCUGAGUCUGUACAUCAUCAAUGGUAGGACACGAGGGGACUCUUUAGGAAGACCCACAUUUUGCUCACCUCUUGGGAAUAGUACAGUAGAUUAUAUCCAGAUAAUAACAGAUUUAGAUCCAUUUUCUCUCAGUGCAUUUACUGUUAGACCACUAACCCCUCUCUCUGAUCACAGCCAAAUUACUGUGUUCAUUAAAAGGACAGAGAAUAACAACACAGCACACACUCAGCCCAGUAAGCUGUACAACAUCCCGAGACCAUACAGAUGGGCCCAAAACAGCACAGAAGAGUUCCAGAAAGCAAUCACAGACCCAAAAAUUCAAAUACCUCUAGACACCUUUCUGGACACCACAUAUAUUCACAGUAAAGAAGGAGUCAAUCUGGCAGUAAAACAUAUAAAUCAGAUUUUUGACAAAACUGCAGAAAAGGCCAAAUUGAAAAUCCAGAACAGAUCAAAACCCAAACUCAAAAAAGAGGACAAAUGGUUUUACAGAGAGUGCCAAAUUAUCAGAACUGAACAGAAAACUUUUCAAUCAGAAAUACAGAGAUCCACAUAACGAACAAAUACGCAUUCUUUACUGUGAAAAACUAAAGCAAUAUAAACGUACACUCAGAACUAAAAAAGCCCAAUACACAUACAAGCAACUGACACAAAUUGAGGAGUAAAUAAAAAAAAAUCAAUUUUGGAAUAAUUGAAACAAUCUGAAAAAGAAAGAGUAUGAAGAAUUGGCAAUACAAAAUGCAGACAUAUGGACAAAUCAUUUUCAAACACUUUUCAAAAAGAUUGACACAAACACAGAACAAAAUGAAAUAAGAAGUAAGCUGGAAAACCUAGAAUUGGCUAUUAAAGAAAACCAAAACCCCUUAGACUUCUCAAUUACUGAGCAGGAGCUUCAAGUUAAAAUUAACAUACUAAAACCAAACAAGGCAUCAAUUUCAAGUUCAGAAUUUCAAUUGGCCAUACUAAAGCUGUUCAAUUUAGUUCAGAGUAUAGGUUACUUCCCUGAAAUCUGGAACCAGGGACUAAUAACACCAAUCUUUAAAAACGGAGAUAAAUUUGACCCCAAUAAUUACCGAGGCAUCUGUGUGAACAGUAAUCUGGGGAAGUUGAUGUGCAGCAUCUUAAAUUCUAGACUUUUAAACUUCCUUAUGAAGCACAAUGUCUUGAGUAGAAGUCAGAUUGGAUUCCUACCAAAUUACCACACCAACGAUCAUAUUUACACCCUACACACCCUAACUGAUAAAUAUGUUGUCCAAAAUAAAACCAAAAUUUUUGCAUGUUUUAUUGAUUUCAAAAAGGCUUUUGAUUUCAUUUGGCAUCCUGGAUUAUUAUACACUCUUCCAGAGAGCGGUGUAGGGGGUAAAACAUAUGAUCUGAUUAAAUCAAUGUACACAUUAAACAGGUGCGGAAUAAAAAUUGGCAAUAAACAAACAAACUCCAUCUCUCAGGAGCAUGGAUGUGAGACAGGGCUGCUGCUUAAGCCCAACACUGUUUAAUAUUUAUAAUAAUGAAUUGGCAAAAAUACUACAACAAUCUACAGCUCCCGGUCUCACUCUGCACGACUCAGAGAUCAAAUUCGUACUCUACGCAGACGACCUGGUCCUGCUGUCCCCCACAGAGCAGGGUCUACAGCAGAACCUGGACCUGCUGAAGCACUACUGCCAGACCUGGGCCCUGGCCUAAAAAAGAUAAACAUAAUGAUUUUUAGUAAAAGAUCCAGAUCUCAGGGAUCACAACACACAUUUAGGUUAGGAAAAGAGGUGAUCAAUCACUCCUCUUAUUAUAGCUAUUAAAAUCAGUUCUACAGGGAACUUUCAUCAGGCAGUGGGUGAAUUGAGAGAAAAAGCUCGCAGAGCUUUCUACGCCAUAAAACGACAAAUCUUUGCAGAAAUUCCAAUCAGACUAUGGAUUAAAAUAUUUGAAUCUGUAAUUGAACCCAUCGCCCUUUAUGGAAGUGAAGUGUGGGGUCCACUUACAAAUCAACAGUUUAAAAAUGGGACAAACACCCAAUUGAGACUCUGCAUGCAGAAUUCUGUAAAAAACAUUCUAAAGGUGCACCAACACACCACCACCAACGCAUGCAGAGCAGAAUUAGGCCAAUAUCCUCUCCUCCUAAAAAUACAGAAACGGGCGAUCAAAUUCUGGAAACACCUGAAACACAGCGACCCCCACUCAUAUCAUUACAAAGCUCUGCAGUACCAAGAAUUGAGCAAAGACACCAAUCCCCUCACUCAGCUGGUCCUGAACUACACACUCACUAACACACAUUCACACAGACUAACACACACUAACACUCAGCAAGCUCAGGACCAGAAAAACACAACCAAUCUGAUCAGAACCAACCAAAUUACAGCUAAUCUGAGAGAAGCAUACCUGCAUUAUUGGGAAAACUCAAACUAAAACACAGAGUAAGAUGCAGUGCUAUUUGGCCCUAAAGAGACAGUACACUGUGGGGGAGUACCUGAGCACAGUGACUGAUCUGAAACUGAGGUCCACCUUGACCAGGUAGAGACUCAGCCAGCACAGCCUGGCUAUACAGACCGGCCGGCACAAGAGAUCCUGGGUGCCUCCGGAAAACAGAACACGCCAGCUGUGCAACCUAAACACACCAGAGACAGAGCUGCACUUUCUGACACAAUGCCCCAAAUUCAUUCGCCAUGAAUUCUACAGAAAAUUCAGCAAUAAACACCCCCAGUUUACCCACCUUACUGACCCAGAGAAACUCCCCUAUCUGUUAGGAGAGAACAGAGAGAGAGAGCUGCACUCUUGCAGCUCAAUACAUUACAGCCUGUCACAGAGAGAGAGACAAAGAGUGACCAUAUCACACUAAAUAUCACAUUAACACACACUAUACACAUGCACACACACAGACUACACACACGCACACUAUACACAAACACAAACAAUUUUGGUUAAUUUGUCUUAAUACCUACACUUAUUAAUUAUAUUAUGUUUUUUUAUAUUAUAAUUUUAUUUUUAUUUUAUAUAUUUUUUUGCAUUGUUUUAAAAUGUAGAUUCUGUUCUGUUGUACACUUUAGUAAUUGUUAAUCUCUAAAUCAGUUCACUAUUCCUCUUUUACUUUACUGUUAAAACUGUGUAACUCAGGCUUUGGCAACACAAACGUAGAACUAUUUGUCAUGCCAAUAAAGCACUUUGAAUUGAAUUGAGAGAGAGAGAGGCGCAGCGCAUUUUGCCUGAUUUCUCUUGAUUAAUUAUCAGUACA